AUGGCAUCCGCCGCCGCCGCCGCUGCGACGGCCGCGGAGCAGCUGGUUCUACCGGCGCUCCUCCUCAUCCGCCGCGUGGACGGACCCUUCGCCGCCGCACUACGGCAGCGCUUCCGCGUCCUUGACUUCUUCGCAUCGGGCUCGCCGCCGCCGCGGCCGUCCGGGAAGGCGGGAUUGCGGGAACCCCCUCGCGCCGCGGGAGUCAUGGGGGGGCCAGCCCGCGUGGACGCUGACUUCCUCGACGCCCUGCCCUCCCUUCGCUGCGUCGUCAGCACGGCGGCGGGCAUCGACCACAUCGACCUCCACGAGUGCGCGCGCCGCGGCGUGGCCGUCGCCAACGCCGGCAGGGCCUACUCCGCGAACAUCGCCGACCACGUUGUCUGCAUGCUCAUCGACGUGCUGCGGCGCUGCUCAUCGACGUGCUGCGGCGCGUCAUGGUGUCGGAGCGGUUCGUGCGUCGAGGAUUCUGGGCUCUGCAGGGGGACUACUACCUCGGCUCCAAGCUCGGUGACAAGCGUGUUGGCAUCAUCGGUUUGGGGAACAUUGGUUCUCUGA